GCAUGAGCAACAUGUGCAGCAAAGUUGAACUUAUUUCAGGAGAGUUUUUUCCCUAUAACUGUGCCGUAUGUUCAUGUGAUUGUCAGGUUAAUAUUGGAAGACUAAACGGUGUUGGAUUUUUAGCACAAUCUGCAUAGCAGCUUUUGUGGAAAUAUAAUAACUUGUAAUUAUCACACCAAAAGAGAAGACAUACUUGAUAAAUGGAACAGUUUAAAUAUUGUUAUGCAAUGUUAAUACACCGCUUAGGAAUACCUAGGCCUUGAUCAAGGAGACGAGAUAGAAAGUGUGAAAUAUGAAUACCCCUGAUUCAGCAGAGGAUCAGAGCUUUCGGGACUUUGAGUCUGCUAUUAUGGAAAUACAAGGCAGACUACAGUUUAAACUUAUAACCAGAAUAUACUUUGGAUGUGAUUCUGAACAAUCCGAGGAUCCCACCCCAGCACACAGUGAUGACUGGAGCCUGGUGGAUAAAAAUGGCCACCAUCACCGCCUCCCCAAAACCAUGCUGUUCAUGGGGCGCGAGGAGUGUGAUAUUGUUGUCAAGACACAGAGCGUGGACAAAAGACAUGCAGUGAUCACCUUUGACCAUUAUCUGGACAAGUUUAAAAUCAAAGACCUCAGUACAAACCAUGGGACAUACGUGAACGACAAGAAGAUUCAAGAUCAGGAGUACGUGACACUGAAUCACAUGGACACCGUACAGCUCGGCAAUGAUUCCACCAUGUACCACAUAGAGAGGGUGCCUGACUCCGGGGUGUCAUCGGGGGACCUUCAGGUGGAGAGGGCGCCCCCCUCAAUGCCCCACUGGGCCUCCCGGGAACUUCCACAUAUGAUGGAAUGCCAGCCGCCCUAUGGAGGAUUUGUUUUUACUUACCCUAUCAUGACCUGUUUGGGUUGUAUAGCUGAACAAAGAAUUGCACACACAUGUGGAAAUCACACAUUAGACAAUGUUAUCAGUCAAAGAGAGCAGAUGGCUGCAGAUAUGCAGCACGCACAUCAUGUGCAACAUAGACCCCAUGUGCAUUCCAUGCACCAGGAUUGUCCUAAGCAUGUGAAUAAACAUUCAAGUGAAUAUCCUCCAUCCUUUCCUCAAGGAAGUGAAUAUCCUAGUGAAUAUCCACCUCCGGUUCCUAGAGGAGGUGAAUAUUCUCCACAGAGUGAAUAUCCUAGAGGAGCUCACUAUCCAGGGACAAGUGAAUAUCCACCUCCUGGUGGUGAAUAUCAUAGAGGAGGAGUUUAUAGUGAAUAUCCAGCAGGGAGUGAAUAUGUGAGACACAGUGAAUAUCCAGAUAGUGGACAGGAUACACAGAGCAGAAGAGGAAUGAUGAACGCCCAGCAGGAGGAACAAAGUAAGAUCACUCAGUCAGGUUUGGGUUCGAACACUUGGCCUCGUAAGCGGAUCCGCAACACCGUCAAUAUCUCUAGGUUUUUCCACGAGGAUAUUAGUGGUUCUAGAAUGAGUAUUGACGACACUAACUAUGCAUGCAGUAGUAGAGUACUGAGGGGAGAGGGAGGACACCCUGAUAAUCUCCCCCCAGAAUUAGAAACGGUCAAGAAGGGUACACCCCUAUAUGGACAGCCAGACUGGUGGGGAGAGGAAGAGGUCAAAGGCAAUGUCAGAGGUGAGGGUGCUAAACCUCCCAGUGACUUACCACUAAACCAAACAACUUCCCCAGACACCAAGACCACCCCCACAGCAGACCUCAAUAGUAUGUCUUCCAACUCCUCCGUCUCCAAAGACAGCCUCCUGAACACAUCCUCUCCUGACAAAUCCACAUCAGAGGGGGUCCAGCCCCCACCCACCAAGAUGCCAGAAGGGGGUGCUUCCACGGCCUUCACUGUGGACUUUGGGGAAGAUGAGUCCCCCAAGAGGACUAUGUCAGGAAAGUCCCUCAGUGAGUUCAUGCCCUCCAAGAUCCGGAAGAGCUUCAGGGACAGAAAAGACAAGGCACUGGGAGCCAAGGCCAGUAAAGAAUCCUCAUCUAAGGCCUCAUCACCAGGCAGUGAAAAGGAUGUUGACUUAAUGUCACCUGGACAGCAGAAAAAGAUUGAGGACAUUUGGACUUCUCCACAGAGAAAGACAAGGGAGUUAAAGAGAUCAGCCAAAUCUACGGAGCAGGAACAACCUAAGCAAGAGAGCACUCCCAAAAAGCCUGCACAGAAAACUGGCUUACACAGAAGAAGUUUGUCCACAGGCCGUCCAGUGCCAGCCAAGCUGUCCAGACCAAAAGAGAAUGGUGAAGCUCCUGCUACAAAGUCACCCAAACAACCAAAGGGAAAGGAAUUGGACACCACAGACAGUGCUUCAUUUCUGAUAGAUAAAAUGUUUGCCGGUGAUUCCAAGACCCCAGCAAAAGGCAGACGUACUCCCAAGUCCUUAAAAACUGACAGGUCCUCAGAUCGCUUCAGUGAGCAUUCCAUGUACUCAGAAUCAAAAUCUUUUGAUUCCUCAGUGGCUAAAUCUCAGAGUGCAAAAGUGGGUCGUAAACCGGUCAUCAUGAGAAAAGAUUCCAACAAAGCCAUUCCUGUGUCUAAAAAGUCUCCAGAGAAAAAACCGGAAGUGUUACCGGUGGCUCCCCCAGAUAAUACUGACAAUGUGAGUGAGACAGGGACUUAUACAAUAGAGGGGGACAAGCCUUCAGAGGAAGAGGACAAGGCUCGGCAGAAAAUAGACACUGUAUUUGGAAUUAACGAUACUAAACCCAACGUCUCAAAAUCUGCGGAAUUCAGUGAAUUGUCCACGGACAGAAAACCUUCGUCUGAGGACCUGAUUCUGGAGAACCUGGAGGAUGAGGAGGACCUGAGGGGCCUGGAGAAGAAGAGGAGUCGAGGUCCUGAGGCCAGCAGUGUGGAGGUGGAGGUGGGGAGUUCUGUUGUCACAGACCUACUGAUCACAGAGGAUCAGGAGAACCCCAGCGAUGCAGUGCCCAGCAGUGCCCCCACUUGGGUGACCCAAUGGGCAGCCCUGACCAGUAAGAGUAAGACAUCGGAACCAACCAGUCCCAGUAGUAGUGUCUCCGAUAAAGAUACCAUGAUGUCUCCAGACUCAAAAAAGCCCUCGAAAGGCUUGAGUAGGAAACGACCAGGCACGGGCAGGAGAUUACCCACAAUUCCUGGUAAAAGUCCGGACGGGAGUAACUGUAGUUCUCGAUUAAGUCAGAGCACGGACAGUCAGAGUCCCAGGUGCCCCUCCACUCCCAGAUACGGAGAAAACAACAACAUCGCUGACAAGCAGAAGGCUGUCACAAUAUCUAGUCAUGUGGUAAAACGUUCUGAGGGCACAGACACAGAAUCAAUAUCGAGAACAAAAUUUGACAGUGAAUCAGAAGUGACAUCUGUGACACAAACUGAUGAGUUUUCAACUCCGAAAACCACCUCAAGAAGUACUGCUAGUGUUGAUACCGAAGUUCUGUUGAAAGAUACACAAACUGUCAUGGCAGCCAUGGAGGCUCGCAUGGAUUCAAAGUCAGGUGGUCUUCAUAAUGGACAUGUUCAGGAUGAUGGUGAUAAUUUGUCUGACACAGAAAGCACAGCAGCACUUGUAAAUGGACAUGAGGGAUUUUUAAAAUCUAAUUUAUAUACUAGUCCUCGGGAAUCUCUGGCAAAGACCAGGGGUUUUCAGCAACAUAAACCCGUGUCUCGAAAUAGCUCGGCCAGUGAGAGACUUCAAGCAUUCCGAGAUAGGAACUACAAAAAUGUUACACCUCCUGAAAACUCAGUAGUUUCAGAUGUUUUAAGUGAAAAUUGUGAUCUCAACCAAUCUAUUGACAGAACCAGUGAGUGCAGUGAUACUGGGGUUAGUUUUAAUCGAUCAGGGUCAAAGGGCAAGGGUACAAUAAGUAUGACAAGACCCAACAGGGCUUUCCAGUUGAGGAGAGCAAGGGCAGACGGAGAAGUCCCUGAUACUCCUAGUUCAGGGGUCUCAGAGGCUGUGUCACUGACUAAUGUGUCUUCUGCAAGUUCUUCACGUUCUGUAAAAAGUUCCACCCCCACGCGAUCCAUGAAGGCUGCCAACAGACUCAGUUACCCCUACACUAAACAAGACUCUGCGAGGAGCAAAGAGAGUUUAGGGGCUGCUAUUGUACAGAGGAGCAGAGAGGGUGGUCCUCAGUCAUCCUCGAGGAGUAAUGCCAGUCUGGGUGCUAAAAUUGCUCAAAAAGCAUCCAGCAAUCAAUCUUCAGGAAGCUUGUCUAAUGUUUUUAACAGAAGUGAUGGUGGACGUUACAGUCUCAAGUUGAACAGAUCGUUGAGUUCACAGGACUCUAUAAACAUAGAGAGUAGCAAUACUCCUUCACGCAAACCUGAUUUUAAGUCUGUAAAAUCAAAGUUAAAAACCACCCCCACCUAUGGUCUUUCAGUCACUGGUAUUAAUAGUAACAGAAGUAGUGUUACGUCUGCCUCAAGUCGAUCCAAUUCCCCCAGAUCUGCUGAGAAGGCAGCUUGGAAGAGGAGGAAGGAGUAUGACCCCAGAAAGGCAGUGGCAGAGGCCAAGGCCAAAGCUAAGGAUGUCAAGGUCAAGAUGGAUAACCAGGGUAAACCCAAAAUGAUCAGGUCAGCCUCCUUCACCAACACAGCUGAGCUGCAGAAGUACAGGAGGCAAGCUCUUCAGAAGAAGGACUCGGUGUCGAGUCCAGAUGAGUUGAGUUGUGCCAGUGAAGGAACAGGCUCAAUGACAGACAAUGUGUAUCAAAGAAGCUUCAUCCCCUACUCAGGAAGGUCACAGUCCAGUCGAAUCUUAAGUACAGAGGAGGAGGAGAGUAGCAUGAUUGUCAAGUCAACUCAGGACCUAAGCAGCGGACGCUAUAAAUCGGCAUUCACCCCACCGCCCCAGAACUCUGUCCCCUCUCCCCCUUUAAUGCCCUUGUCUGUAUUUAAAAAGCGAAACUCCUUUGAGAGUUACGAGACUCGACAUGGAGUCACCAGACACAAAGCUCAGCUCGAGCCUCCAGUGCAGCAGUCUUAUGACAACAUUUUGGUGUCAUCUAUCUACCAGCUGUCACUCAAACUCAAAACCAACACUGAAAAAACACUGAUGCAGCUCAAGUUGGAUCAGAGAAUUGAGGAUACAUCAUCUCCCUCUCCUAUUGAUGAUAUUCUGAACCAAUCAUCAUCCAAUAGUGAUAUUCCUGGCUGGAAGGCAGCCAAUCAGGAGCUAGCAGCCAUCCUCACCAAUCUGAGGAAAACCGAGCAUAGAAUUCACAUGAUGCACAAGGCCCUGUAUCCAGAUGACGACAGUUGCUCCGACUCACCUGGAUUAUCCGGACGAGAGAAGCGGGAAUAUCUCCAGGAAAUAGAGCGGAUCCGCAGCGAAUUAGCUGGCUUCCAACCAAUCGCAAAGCCUCAGGUCAUAAAGGAUGACCAGGCUUCCAUAGAAUCUGACUGUGAAGAACUGGGAACUGCUGACGAAUUCUUUUGAGGCUUCAGGCUCUUUAUAUAUGUCAAUUUUUAAUUAAAAGAGACUUCCAUUGCAAAUUUUUUGUCCAAACAAUUUUAUUCUAGUCUCAGAAACUUCUUUUUUAUAACAUUGCCUGGUACAAUUUAUCAUUGAAUUGUAACGUUCUCAAGUUCUUUUUGUUCUGAUGUAAAUGGCAAACAUUUCUUAGUGAUAUCAGAAAAUAUUUUAGAGGAAAUCAUUCAUUAAAGUAUAAUUGUUCUGCAUAUAUUAAUAUGUAACUUUUCAAUUUUGUAUGGCAAUUGUUACUCAAAGAAAAUGGAAAAAGGAGGAAAAAGUAUCUUUCACUUGAAUAAUCUUGGCUCAUUAAGAGUACAUUGGAAUAAAUGUUAUCCAAGUUUGUUGUGACUAUGAUACAUUUACACAAAUCACACUUUUGUGAGAAGAAUGUUACCCAUUAAACCAGUUUUCUGACUCUGUGAUACAUACGGUAGUGCUUUUUGCUGGCUGUGAUCAUGCGUUAGUGGCAUUAGAUAUUAAAGUAGAUAUUAACUUUUUACAUUCAUUGUUUUUCUAUCCUUAAAAAUUCCUGUAUAUGAACAUUGAUGUAAUGAACAUUUUCAGCUUUCUAUGACCUUUAAAUUUAUUAAUGAAAACUGUUAACUUUUUCUUGUCAAAUUAGAUAAAAAAUUUAAUUUUUAAAAUACUACACAUUCAUUUUACUUGAGGAAACAUACUCAGUACUCAUAACGUUGCAGAAAAUCUAUGUGUAUAUAUAUCCCUACUGUUUGCUCUUUUUUUUCGUGUGCUGUUGUAUUUAAAUUUUCGUGAUAUUUAUGGUACGUUUGCUACGAUCUGUUAGGUCUCAUCAUAAUUCAAAUAUCAUACUGUUAGCUUUCUACAAAGGAACAUAAAGAAAUAUAGCAAGGAGUAAAGAAGCAAUUUAAAAUUAAAAGAAAACCAGACUAUUGUAAAAAAAAAAAAAACCAACUGUUCAAAUUGAUAUUGUGUUUUUUUUACCCUCAAUUCCAUGUCAUUUUCUUAAGUGUUAUUUUUAAGCAUACGAGGAAGCAUUUUUAAGCCACGGUUGUAUUGUAGCAUUUAUUGCCUUUUGUUAGUGACUGAGUCACAUUACUUGGUUGUUUGGUUGUUCAAGAGUUUCAUUCUCCGUCAAAUUCCAGGGUGAAUGACAAUAAACUAAACAGUUAACAUACUUAUUAUGUUAAUUAAAUUAGAAGUUGUGAUACAAUUUUGUAUUCAUUCUCUCACACUGCUUUGAAUUGUUGAAGAAAUUUAGAUUUAUUGAAUGCAUUCCAUUGAGGUAAUGGAUGUUGGUGUGCCUGUAUAUUUCCAUUGUUUGUUUGUUUAGUUAUGCUUCAAGCAUAUUACGGUUGUUUAGCCAGACUGGUUUACUGAAAUACACAGUCUGAAUGCAAUAUUUUGUAUUGAUUCCCUUUUAUUUACAAAUGCCUUAGUUGCCAUGAACAAAUUGUUUUAUAUUAGAUAAUUUAAUAAAUUUAUGCAUUAAUGUGAAA